AAAUCUAGCUCCUAAAAUAAGAUUUUUUUUUCGCCUUAGCUAUGUGCUCCAGGAGGCAUAUGUAGAUCCGUCUUUGGUCCAGGGUGGGUCUAAGUCUAAGACUGGCCUUGAAGUGAGUCAAGAUUAGACACAUAAUAAUAAUCCGUUAUUAUAAUUGUUGUUCGUCCAUUCAUCGUUAGUAAACUAUCGUCGUUCAGACCACAUUAAUCAAUAUUCACGAAUAAAAACUGAAUUAGAGAAGAAAAGUAAAGAUCAAAGAUGGGUAUAUCAGCAUCCAAACGAGUACGCCACCAACUUUCAACCUCUCAAGAAUUCUCCGCAUCCUGCAACACCGUCUUCUCCGAUCUCCAAACCCUAACUCAACACACUUCCAAUUCUGAAAUCUUUGCCUACCAACUCCCCGAUGCCUGCAUCCGUCUCCAUGAUUCCCUCCUCAAUUCACUCCCAUCUCCUAUCUUGAAGUCAUGGUGUCCAUCUCCUCCAUCUCGAACACAAGUUAAUGGCGCGUACCGUUCACUUCGUCGAAAUUCUUCGCCUAAAGAAACAUUAAAUUCCGAUGAAUUUAAAGAAUUCGCUGUCGUUUUGUUUACAGACGCUGUCGUUUCCAACGUCACGAAGAAGGUAGCGAGUCGAGUGGGGGUUGGAAUAGCAGGGAUUGCUGGUGUUGGGGUAAUGGCGAGAGUAGGAGGUGGUUUGGUUAGUUCUGCGAUUGGGGUUUACGCGCUUAGUGUUGCUGCUUCUGUUUACAUUAGCUUGGGUUGAAUUAAUUAGAUAAUAUUUUUUGAUUUGAUUAAUGUAGUAUAUGUAAUUAUUUCAUCUUUAAGGAUUGUGAUGGAUUGGUGAUGGACUAAUGUUGAUUUUAAAUUUGUUCUUGUACAGUUGUACUCCUCAAUAAAUUAAAUGAAACUCGUACUAUUUACUACU